AUGAUUUUGUUCCCGCUGCUACCCGUAACCCCUCCUUCAGAGUAUUACUACGGCGGUGCAUCCAGUUCCAUCCCAUUCACCUGGGAAUCCGCACCUGGAACUGCGAAUCACAACAUGUUUGCCACCUCACCGACUGCGCUGCCUUCCUUCUACUCGUUCUACAAUGAAUCCCACCGCCGUCGCUUUCGCUCCUCCGCCGCCAUUAGAUUGUCAAACUUCCUCUUCAGAGCCCUUAUCCCCAAAACCAGUGCUGCUCGGGGGUUGAGGUCCUCUGGCGAUGUGGAGAUGGCGGCAGAGAGGGAGAGGAGAGAGAGGAAUUGUUUGGGUUGGAAUUGGGGGCUGGUUGGUUUGGUUUUAUUUAUUUUUUAUUAA